AUGGCUGAUGCACAACGAGGUCUUAAAAAUUACGAAGAAGCGUUGAAACAUGCUGAUCUUGCUCUAGAAAUUUUCCAGAAAUCGUUACCUCAAAAACAUUAUAAAACUGCAUGGGUUAUUGAAAUUAUGGGUAAUGUUUAUGAAGCUAGGAAAGAAUUAAAUAAAGCGUUGGAUUAUUAUAAGAAAGCUGCUAGUAUCUAUUGUGAAGUAUUAGAUUCUAAGCAUUAUUAUGUUACUUCAAUUACAGAGUGCAUCAAGCGAGUUUCAUCACAAAUAAAAUGA